AUGUCGACUCCACCUCCUCCUGCAGCCUCCCCGGCCAGCCCGCUCAAGGUCGGCACGCCCGUGGUCGUCAGCGGCUCCCGCAAGUACGGCGGCGUCGCUGGCACAGUGGAAAAGGUGUGCGACAAAAUGGUCCGCGUCUCCUCUCCUGAUAUCGGCUCCUUCUCCGUCGCGAGGACAAACGUGUCCGUGUCCAGCGCCACGUCAGCUCUCAAAGGCCUCACCCUGAACGGCAGCGCGCCCGCUCCGAGGGCGACGCCAGAGUCUUCACCGCGUGCCGUCCACCCGACGAGCAGCCCCGCUACGCCGUCCACGGGCGGGUCGCGGCUCGCCGGCCUGCGGCUGAGCAAGACGGUGCUCACCGAUCGCGAGGCGACGGAGACCUCCUUCCUGCUGGAGCUGCUCGGGGAGCGGGCUCGCGUGGUCGAGGUGCCGCUUCCGAACGGCCUCUCGCAGCCGCGCCUUCCGGACCGCACCUUUGUCGACAACGGGCGGACGUACCAGUUUGCAGCGUGCCGGGUCUUUGACGACGGUGCCACGCCCUGGGGAGGGAAGCGGCGCUGCAUGCGCUGCGUCUACUACGCCGCCUCCGGGCCCUGCUUCGGAGACCCGUCUGAGGAGCUGCUGCCGCCGCUCGACCUGCAGGCCGAGCUCGAGCGGUGGGCGGACUGGCGCGCGCUGCCGUCCGCGCGCAAGGCCGCCUCCCGCCUCGAGCUUCUCCAGUCGCCCGCUCGGCUCGAGCACGCGGUGCGGCAGCUGACGAGCGACCACUUUGAGCUCAUCGACGAGCCGCAGCCUUCGAGCGAGUCGGGCGGCUGCGGCUUCGUGCCGGAGGGGACAGAGGCGGGCCACGGCUGCGGAGAGAGGGCAGCUUCGCCGCACCCAGCCGCCUCCCGGCCUCUGCCCCUGUUUGUCGUGUGGGCCGCUGCAGAGCAGCUCCGCGAGCAGACCCUCCGGCACGAAGCUGCAGUUGUCAGACUCGUUCGAAGGCUGCGGAUCGUGGAGCAGUGCUUGUGGUCGCUCGGAUAG